ACCAGUUCCCUACUGUUUGGAAUGCAGUUAAUUCUUUAACAAAAAAGGUGGGACGUAGAAGCAAUUGGAUCUGGGCCUAUACUCGGCCCCGGUGCAGGAGGCUGAGCACGUAGCCUUGAAGUGCACCUGUGUUGAUGGUCAGUAAGGAGGAGUAUCUUCCUGAGGAAGUGAAGGAAGCGGUUGCAAAGGCACGUUCAGAGGUCUUGAAACUUGGUCAUGAGUUUGUAGGGGUUGAUUAUGUUGAACACAGUUUUUCUCCUCAUCUCCUUCCUAAAAGAACAUCUGUUACUUCUGAGGCUAUACCUUCUAUUGCUAGACUCUCCCACUCGUGGAAAAUUCCUCUCCACAUCCACUAUAUCCAAGCCUUUCACUAUUCUGUAUGUUUUAAUGAGGUCCCCCUCAUUCUUCUAAACUCCAGCGAGUACAGGCCCAGUGCCGACAAAUGUUCAUCAUAGGUUUAAGGCCCUCCUUGAGACCUAUCUCUUUGACUAAAUAGUUGGUCAUUCCUCCUAACCUUUUGGUCUUUGAAAAGGAGCUGGGGCAUUAUACCUGCACCUAGAAUAUACAUAGCCCUCUCUUAACUUUGCGGAAAACUCCACAACCGAGCUUGCCAGUGUUGUUGUCAUAUUGCUGCCUGUGGAAGCUUUCUGGGCACAAUUUGGCUGCUGUGUUUCCUACAUUGCAACAGUGCCAAUGCUCCAAAAGUUGUUUGGUAGCUGUGGGAGUUUUAUUGCAUGAAAUAAAUACAUUCAGCCUUUAUUUUUCUAUGUUAACAAUGAUAUGCAAGUGCAAGUGCAAGUUGCUACUGUUGGUGUUUUUGCCCUCAUUUGUUUAGCUUAGUUUAAUUUUGUUUAUUAUUGUCACGUGUACCGAGGUGCAGUCAAACGUUUUUUUGUUGCCUGCUAUCCAGUCGACAGUUACAAUCAGAUACUCCACGGUGUGCAGAUACAGGAGAAGGGGUAUAACGUUUACUAUAAGAUAAAGUAUAAUAAAGUCCGAUUGAAGAUAGAUGGGAGGUCAGGACUGCUCUCUAGUUGGUAAUAGGAUGGUUCAGUUGCCUGAUAACAACACUGCAGUUUUGAGGAAAAAAGGGCGGAUUUAAACGUCAAAAUCUCCAGUCAUUGUGUGGAGGGUGUGGCUCCUCUCCCGAAUGAACCUAACUGGGAGUCGACAAUGCUGUCACCAGUUGGAGUCUGAAAGUUAAGGGCCGUGGUGACCUUGACAGCUGGAAGCAGUUCAGUCGAUUCUCUGGUUUGUCGUCUGGUAGAUCUGCAGCGGGGGAUGGAGUUCGGCAAGGCUCCGCCUGAGGAAAUAAAUGGAUCAGUUAUAUUUGGCCUGGAUUUUAUGCUGGAGAGGAGGGGGAUGAUUUUCCAAAGGUCCCUCAGGAUUUAACUGAAGGUGCUCCUCAGCAAGGUUCAAAGAACGUUAGGAGCUGAUUGACAAGCUGGAAGCCUUCCCGGCAUGAAACCUUUUCAUUAAUCUAAACGCUGGAAGAGAAGGCACAGCCUUUGACGUGAAGUUCAUGGUACAUCAUGGUGACUGUUCGAAGAGUACUAGCAUUAUUUAGCAUAUCAUUAGGUGUGUGUUUAUCGGCUACAAUCAUAGAAGGUCCAAAAGAUGCCUUUGCUUUGGUUCACUCUGAUGCCGCAUUCAACUGCACAGUAUCAUUGAAUUGGAAAAUUAUCAUCUGGAUGAUAGGGCGCAUACCCAUCCUUACCGUUGUAAAAGAAGGACCAAUUGAAACAAAUCCCCAGUUUGGACAUCAGAACUACUCAACUACGACCACAUUUAUUUCCGAACUCAUCAUCUCAAGGGUAACCAUGCGAAACAAUACGACAGUACAGUGCAACAUUCAAACCGACGAAAUUCGACAGGCAUUUCUGUUUGUACAAGUUGAAGGCCAGCUAUCUUUUGCGACGGACAUUUCAUCUAUUGAGCAAAACCGUGUCUUCAUCAUUGUCUGUAAGGCAGAAGGCUGGUAUCCUGCACCAGCUAUCCUAUGGAAAAAAAACAGCACAACCAUUGAUUCAAAAAUGUACUCCACCACUGUCCAUCAGUCUUCAGAAAAUCACUACAAUACCUUCAGCACUUUAAACCUUACCCUUAGUGUCAGCUCUAACAUUACGUGUCUGGCCAACAUUAAAGCUCUUCCUCAGCCUAGAACUACUGCGCUAUUCAUCACAGUGAAGCCAACUGCUGACGGGAAUCAGUCUUGGCUAAUUAUUGCCAUUGUGGUGCCCAUUGCUGUGGCCAUCCUGCUUAUAAUACUCAUCAUUGUGAUUGUUAUCUGCCUAAAACGAAGAAAACGCUAUGAAACUCGCUAUCGGAAUGAGUUGAGCAAAAGGUCACCAAAGACUCCACAAGAGAUGUCCACAAAUGGUAAAGAAAUAUACGGAGUGGAUAACAUUGGAAUGUCCAUUGGAAGUGAAAAUGAUUAUCGACUUUCCCCAAGUUUAACUUCACCUUACUGGAUGGAUAUGAGGUCUAGAGAAAUGAACAGCAACGUUUUAGAGACCCCUCCAGCUCCAGCGGAUAAUUACGCAGUCCAGGAGAGAACACAAAGGCAACCGAUGAACGUUCCCGGAAACCCACGGAAAAUAAGACACAUGACUACCGUAUGAUGGAUUGUGCCAGAGAGGAAUUUCGUUUUUAUUUAGGAUUUUUAUUUUUGUUUUGUCAAUAGUAAUCUAACUUGCACUGGAAGUAUUUCGAAUCUGAAUAUUUCCUGGUCACUCACUCGCUGGGUUGAAACGAUGGAUUCCCAGCCAGAGCAGAAUAAAACUGACGCUCUCCACCGCAGCUGUUUGACAGAAACAAAAACUAAACUCAGGGAUAGUGAUUUAUUUUCUCUCCCACAAAGCGGUUUCUUGAAUGAAGGACAAAACCCGCUUCUAUAUCGCUUGUGUUCUUUGGAGUGUAAUUUAUUUAAAUUGUUCGUUAAUCACAGUGCCCUGCUGCUGAAGAAAAGGGAUUCAAGUUGACCUUGCACUUUCACUUGCAGAAUCAAUUCCAUGGUCCACUUGCACUGUCAGACUGUCAGCCAGCACUGUCCUCCAGUAGGAGGAAUGUCAUCCCUGCCUUAAAGCUUAACUCUUGUUACUGCCUCCACAUCCACUCCUGAUCGGGUUGGCUGCCUCCAGACUCUUAUUACCCUGACACUAACAUUCAAACUCUUUGAGAGACACAAAAAGCUGGAGUAACUCAGCGGGUCAGGCACCAACUCUGGAAACAAGGAAUGGGUGACGUUUCAGGUUGAGAGCUUUCUUCAGAUCCAAAGACAAUGCCACCUACUCUUUUUCUCCAGAGAUGCUGCCUGACCCGCUGAGCUAUUUCGUCUUUAUGUGUGUCUUAUCUUUGGUUCUUUCCUGCACAUUCAAACUCAAAUCCUUUGAUCUAUUUAUCACCCUGACAACAGGGCCGUACGGUGGCACAGUGGCAGAGCUGCGACCUCACAGCGCCAAAGAUCUGGGUUCGAUCCUGACCUCGGAUGCUGCCUGUGUGGAGUUUGCAUGUUCUCCCUGUGACCGUGUGGGUUUCUCCAGGUGCUUUGGUUUCCUCCCACACUUCAAAGAGGUGGGGGUUUGUGGGUGAAUUGGCCCAAUAAAUGUAGUUUAGUUUAUGAAUUUAGAUUAUUAUUGUCACGUGUACAGUAUAACGUUUUUUUGUUAUUUACUAUUCAGUCAGCGAAAAGAUUCUACAUGAUUACAAUCAUGCUGUUCACAGUGUACAGAUACAGGAUAAAGGGCAUCAUGUUUAAUGCAAGAUAAAUUAAUUGCCCCUGGUAUAUAGGGAAUAGAUGAGAAAGUGGGAUAAGAUAAAAAACUGGAGUGAACAGAUGGCCGUCAUGGACCAGAUGGGCCGAAAGGCCUGUUUCCAUGCUAUAUCUCUAAACUAACCUCGCUUUAGCUGCACCUAUUUCUUUGCCUUUCCCAUCUACAGAGAUAACCAGUUGCAGGAUCCACUUCGUUAUAAGUGCCGCUCCAUCUCCCCACACCCCACAGUAGGUUUGCAAACUGUGGAACCAGAUUCCAUUUAUACAAUGCCUUUCACUAGCUCUGUGCAUCAGCCUGUGAAGAACCUUUUGAAAUACGGUCACUCAUAAUUUUGGAGGUGCAGCCAUUGUAAUCUCCUAAUCUGUCAGUCUCCUAAUCUGAGGAAAGACAUUCUUGCCAUAGAGGUAGUACAGAGGAGGUUCACCAGACUGAUUCCUGGGAUGUCAGGACUUGCAUAUGAGGAAAGACUGGAUAGACUCGGCUUGUACUCGCUAGAAUUUAGAAGAUUGAGGGGGGAUCUUAUAGAAACUUACAAAAUUCUUAAGGGGUUGGACAGGCUAGAUGCAGAAAGAUUGUUCCUGAUGUUGGGGAAGUCCAGAACAAGGGGUCACAGUUUAAGGAUAAAGGGAAAAUCUUUUAGGACUGAGAUGAGAAAAAAAAAAAUUCACACAGAGAGUGGUGAAUCUCUGGAAUUCUCUGCCACAGAAGGUAGUUGAGGCCAGUUCAUUGGCUAUAUUUAAGAGGGUUAGAUGUGGCCCUUGUGGCUAAAGGGAUCAGGGGGUAUGGAGAGAAGGCAGGUACAGGAUACUGAGUUGGAUGAUCAGCCAUGAUCAUAUUGAAUGGCGGUGCAGGCUCGAGGGGCCAAAUGGCCUACUCCUGCACCUAUUUUCUAUGUUUCUAUGUAAGUAUCUGCUAACAGAAAUGAUCACAAUGACCAGAGAACUGUGGACAAUAAUCGUUCCCUGGCUGCCAGCUCGGAAUAUGCCCCAUGGUGUUGUUCCCUGCUUUUGCCUAAGUCAACGGACAGGAAGUACCAUUCGUAAAGGCUCCUGCAUCACAGUUGUUUUGCAUCCAUGCUCCAGGGUGGAGCUCUUGGCUGAGCUGCCUUAGUGCUGUUGAGAAGAAGCAGCCCUGGCAUUAUGUAGAAAGCUCUGCUUUGAAAAGUCGGCGCCCGCCUUCAGAUUAUCCAGCUCAGGCGAUAAAGACGAGGGAAAAAUACCUGGUUGGUUUAGUCCUUGGCUUCCUGUUGAUUGUCAGUAUGUUGUCAGGGUUGCCUGAAAAAUCAACGUUAAUGUUUAUUCCAAUGUACUGUAUUUCCUACUGAGCUAUUGAGUAGUUAAUAAAUAUAUUUUGUAUACUUGCUGUGUGUGGACCUCUCUCAAUUGGACAUGACUAAGAUUAGUGUUUAAGAAGGAACUGCAGAUGCUGGAAAAUCGUAGAUAGACACAAAUGCUGGAGAAACUCAGCGGGUGCAGCUGCAUCUACGGAGCGAAGGAAAUAGGCAACGUUUCAGGCCGAAACCCUUCUUCAGACUAAGAUUAGUGAUUUACUAUG